CUGUGACUUUGCUCGUCUUAGCCCACCAAGCCUUUGCCUUGCUAGUUCAUACCCCUGCCAGGCGUAGAGGGCUUGUUUGGACUAGCGUGUUUAGCGGCUUGGGCAUCUACGGAGUAGUUGAACCACAUCCUCAUGUAACUGUUGUUCCGAACCAUUUUCAGUUGUGGAGCAGAGCUGCAAGGGUCAACUAACUGGCCUUCGCGAUUGGAUUUUUGCAUUUCAAUAUGAAGAUAUGCCGUUCAGCUGCAAUCUUGUAGUGCGGGUGGAUCUAUUGAAAGACAAUCAGCGUGUGUUCUUCGCGCAACGGCCAGUCCCGCGAAGCCAAGAGGAUCACGAGGCAGAGGUCGGAAUUCCUCGCACGGCUCCGACUAGUCCGACUUGCAAGAGUUCGCUAAGAGAGAUCGAAUGUCAAGCUAGCGACCAGGUACCACUCGAGUUUCUCGCAUCGGAACCUCCGCAGCGGGAGCGCGUUGCUGACGUCAAGGAUCUUGCUGGGCUCAACACAAGCUCAACUGACAAUACCGUCACAGCCACCAGAGCUCUACCUCCGAAAGUCCCGUAUCCAGCUCCGCUUCCAGUAGAUCUACGACAUAGCCAGAGUCACAAGUGGAGAACACGCGAUCACGCGCGUCCUACCGCGAAGAGCGAGGGUCUUCAUCAGCAGACAAGAUCGCAGUUCCGCAGUGUUGAGCCACAGGGCCUGUUCACAAUGGGUCAGUCGUGUUCAUUUUGUCUUGGAGGAGAGACGGAAAAGGAACCUAGCGAUGUGCAGGAGUCAAGCACAUGUGAAAUCAAACCAAGUCAAGUUCUUUCCAUAAGACAACUUCCAAAUUCUCCGUCGCAACACCGUAAAGUCUGUAGCCUGAGUCAGGGACACGUCAGUAGCCCGGCUCAUGUUGAAGCGGGACAAGCAGUCACUGUUCAGCCCUAUGGUGAUCUGCCUUCAACGGUGGAAUCAGAUGCAGACAGACUUCAUUGUGGUCAAAUUACACCUGCAACUCUGCAGCAGCCUUUCGUAGCCAUUACACAAGUGGAAGAACGGCAGACAUCAGAUGUGCAGUGCUCGCAAUUCCCUUCAGAUACCACCCUGCAAGGCGAUACACCAUUGCAUACUUCUCACCAGUUACCUGGCUGUGAUCCGACGAGUCUAGCUGCUGUGGAUAAUGCAGAGAAUGAGCAACGUGGCGCUAUCCUGCAGGCAGUGCAGCAGCUUACUGAUGGGAGAACAGAUCACACUUGUCCAUCCUCGACUCCAUCACCAGCAUCUUCAGAGGAGAUGCACACAGAGUUUCCAGAGGACCUGCCGGCUUCGGGAAAUGAUGCCGAAGUCAACAGUGUAGCGGCAGCAGACACAGAUUUGACUAAGCAGCCAACAUCUGGAGUUGAGACUCAAAGAGAGCAUGUGCAAUCACCUUCAUCAGAUCAAUCCAACCAGUCAGAAACGCCUGUUUUUGGUUCCACUGCAUCGUCCACGUCCCUUGCAGGUCUCGAAAGCCAUCCAAAGGCAUGCGCUUCACGACCAGCAGUACAGUUGGUUGCACUUGAUCGGAAUCUGGCUAACUCGCCACAGCUACCAGCUCCAGGAACUACUCAGGAUCCUCCGCUACCGAUUCCAGAACCAAAGAAGGUCUCCCAGUCUCCUACUGCAAAGCUAGCGGAUCAGCAAGAGCUCCCAGGUGCAUUCGAGAAGCCCCAUUUAACAACUCCAACAUCAAAGGAUCAGCCCCCGUCACCAAUUCCAGCAAACGACGAGACGACUCAGCUUUCAAAUCUGGAGCCAGACGACCACCCACCAGCCCAAAAUCCAGAGCCAGUGGUGCAGGAAGUGUCGUUAUCAAAUUCUGAGUCAGUGGCCCACACAGUACCAUCACUUUCAGCUCCAGUAGAGAGCUUAACAUCACCAAGUUCUCAACUAGGAGAGCAGCAAGUACAAACUUCGGAGCAAGAGGGAAAGGAAUUACGAUCCAAUCCAGAUCCAGAAGAGUUGCUUCACGCUAAAGCCUCGUGUGAAAUAGGUUUAGAUUCGCAAGAGCAAUGCGUGUCUUCCAAACCAGGAGCUGCAGAUCUGAAAAUCAGCUUGCCCAGUCCGAGAGAUAAAGAGCGUGUACAUGUUCCUGAAGGUCCACCAGCGGGGGCAUCUACAGGAGGCUUAACACACUCAGACAUGGAAGUAGAGUCACCAGCUACCAUCUCUAAAGACCUGCCAGGAACACGUCAAGCAGAUCUGCGGGUGGAGAAGUCAACGCCCCAUGUUCCAGACCCAACCAAGCCACCAACGUCAGUCGUGCCAGAAUCAGAGCACAGGUCAGAAACAUCAUUACCAGAAGGUGAACUGGAUAAGGGAGUAUCAUGCUUUGACAACUCAGCAGAACAAGCAGCACCAGCAGCAGAACAAGCAGCAGUAUCAGCAGCAGCAGCAGCAGCAGCAGCAACAACUGCAGCAGCAGCACCGGCAGCAGCAACAACUGCAGCAGCAGCAACAACAGUUUCAGCAGCAGCAGCAGCACCAGAACCAUCAUUAGCAGCAGGAGCAGGAGAAGUACUAGCUUCUGCAGCACCACUGGCAACAGAAGCCUCCUCUAUCACAAAAGUGGAUGAAGACGGGUGUGAUACACCACCAGUGGCCAGUGUUACAAGUAUCAAUGUUUCAAACAAGCCUGGUGGUGUUGAUGUUCACCUUAGCAAUGAAUCGAGUCCUGAGUCCGGUCGAGAUUCUUGUCUGAGCAUAGGCGCACUAGAGCAAGAAUCCGUCGACAAUGUCUCCGGACAUACUGAUACGGGUGACGUGGACGCAGAGCAAGAAGAGGUAGAUGAAACUGCAGUUCCAGCUCCCCUUCUGGUGAUGCCGGAUACCACGUGCACCGCCAGUUCAGUGAAAGAAGUAGGCACUGACUUGUCUGCUGCUCAGGCGAGACAAGUUGUGCCUUCGGAGCAAGGUGGUGAUUAUGAGAUGCCACCGGCUACUGAGGAGGGUAUUUCUCAAGCAGUGGAACAUACAGGUACAACUACAACGGAUAUGACAGCAACCUCUGAUGAAAGAAGUCCAAGUGGGGAGAAAGCGAUCGAUUUAUCACACACCGGUUCCACACAGUCUCUGAGAUGUGACGCUGUAGAUUCAGAAUCCAGCAUCGUUGGCGAGUCAGAGCGCGGUAACCAUCAAAACAGUGAUGAUGAUGAUGAUGAUGAUGAUGAUGAUGAUGAUGAUGAUGAUGAUAAGUCACCGCACACACCAACUGGUCGCUCUCUGAGUCACCAAAGCAGCGUAGACUCCUCUAACUCAUACAGAUCAACCUGCAGUUCAGUCCCUUGGUGCUCGGAUGGUGAAUACCAGGAAGAAGUUGAUAGCAGGAGUAAGGAUACCGCUGAUCAUGUGGACAAGCAUGUAUCCACACCUACUGAGGGGUAUGCAGCCAGACAGGAUAAUUGGAGCGCUGAUACUCACACACAAGCGGAAGAAUCUCAGGCCGAGAAAGGACAGGAGCAAUUGCAAGCUCAAGCACUGGAGCAACGGAAAAAUCUGCGCUCAGACCAAGCCAGCAUGCAAAUGGUGGUUGAUGUGUUCGAGUGGACAACCGGCACAUUGGAAAUCUUGGAGCGGCUAGAGUCCCCAGAGCAGUUUGAGAGGGAGCAGAUUCCACUCUCACCGGAAGCAGAAAAAAUGCUUGACAACUGGACCAAGGGUGGAGAAGGCAUUUCCAUCAAAGGGACUGUCCACCAUGCCAACAUAUUUCUUCUUCUGAUGUGGAUGCAAGUCAGCAGCUGUAAUCCAGCUAUCCGUGACCAGGUGAAAACCGAGCUGAAAGAAAGCCUUGCCCACUGGCAGGAAACUGGCCUGGAGCUGAAGAGCGACGUGUCCAAAGACCUCAUCAAGCAGCUGUUUCUCGCUCUGGACGGCAACCAGCCCGAAGAGAUUGUGCCAGCCUACUCGCAACCGUUAGUAUUUGAUGAUACGGUCGACGCUGCUUCACUCUCCAAGACAAUGUCAACUGUCUUCGGAGCAUACCAGAGAGGCGCGCAAAAAACAGACCAGCUAGAGAAAUCAUUCCGAGAGGACCCUAACAAGAAGGCCAGAAAGCCAAAUCUCAGGAAGGAUACGCAAAACUACGACUUCAAAUGACCAGUUUCCAUCCUACUUUCAGUAGUCCUACUAGGAAAACAUGAACUCCUUGAAGAACACUGACCAAUGUGCUGUGUAGCAAAUAGGUAGGGACUAGGCUCUGUGCCACUGUCGCUUAGAUCAUGUCAUGUCACAACGAAAAUUUGAUUUCGAGUUGUCAAAGUGGUGGAUGCGCGCGUUGUGUUCUCCCAAUCAGCGCCACCGCAAUGAUGAUGAUGACGGCGACGGUGUGGAGAGCGUUGCAUUUAGCCUCUGCUAGUCUAUUUCUAGAACAUGUUAGUCUAUUGCCACAGUUUCCCCGUAUGGCUAUCACGCUGAUCAUGCUUUUUCACACUCUGUGCCACACCUGUAACACCAGGCAACUCGCCAUCUCAUUAAAUUCUGUUUCCUUACAAGUUGCUCAUGUCCUUUUUUUCUGCUCUACUUAUUUUUUUGUAUUCGGUGCUUGAUCCUGCCGCUGAUCCCGAGACCCAUGGUCGGGGAAGGGAGGCCCAAUUCACCAGCACGCUGCUCAGGCUUCCCGCUGUGUUGUCAUGUCUCCUCUUUGGUUCUGUCUUCCCAUUCCGUUCUCUGCUGGACUGUGCAUUUCAGUAUAAAAAAACUAAAGAAAGUAUCAAUAGGACAAGCUGAAUCGACAUUUUUGUAUACUUUUUCAUGCCAUGUAAAACGGUGGAGACAAUGUGCAAUAAAACGAUGAAAAUAGGA